CUAAUUUAAUAAUUGCGGAAAUUUUCUAAUUAAACAAUUGUGAGAAUAAUCUUUCUGCUAUGAAAAUACCUCCGGAAUAUCGUCGAAGAAGGAGAAGGAAACCAUUUGCGAAGAAGAAUGUCGGCGCGAAGGAAAAGAAGAAAAUUAUUAAAAAAAUUACGAUCGACGAACCACUUCCGGAAUCAAAUUCUACCUCAAUGUGUAAUUUAUCAUCGACGUCGGUACCGUUGCAGACGAUCGCCGUAGAGAAAGAAAAAGAUAUAAAAAGUUCUGAAACGAUCGAUAUACAAAGUCCGGAAUUAGAUUUUUCGUUUUUAAAAUUAUCACCUAUACCAAUAGUUUUACCAGUGGAACCAAUCGACGUACACUCUACGGAUAAUAUAUUGGAAACGACGGAAGAUCUUUUGCGAUUGUUUUUUGGACCAACAGCGCUUCGAUGAAUCAUUUCCGUUAGGCGCGUGAAUCAAUCUGGUAAAUCGAUCUCAUCGAUCGCAUAUGAAGAAAGCAGAGACAUACCGGUGACCUCUUUUUUUUUCUCGAGGUCAUAUGGACUAUCGAAACUUUUGAUUAUAGGUAAGACAAAUAGUUUAUCUUUACGAUAUUUUAAUAAUCUGUAAAUACCGACGAAUAAAAUACGUUGCGAAUAAAGAGCCGACGUUACAGCGACGGUACAGAUACAAUCGUUAAGACGGUCUCAUCAAAAUGGACAUCCUAAUAAAUAACCACUUUUUUUUUUCUUUU